AUGGAUCGCCAAUCUGCGUAUUCCGUCUCCGUCUUCAGCUCGGCCACGGCCGGCGAGGACACCCGCCAGCAGGUCCAGGAGCAGCUGGUCAACUUCAUCCUGACCUUCAGGCUGGACAACAAAGACCAGCUCAAAGACAAUGCUCUGCUCAAGAGAUUCUACUGCGACGUCGACAUCGGUGACCUGAUCAAGUAUAACGACGAGCUGGCUCAUCGCAUGGUCUCUGAACCCGCCGAGAUCAUUCCCCUUUUCGAAGCCGCCUUGAGAAAGUGCACACACCGUAUCCUCUUCCCCCACGAUCCCAAGGCCGUCAUCCCCGAGCACCAACUCCUGCUCCACUCGACCGCCGAAGAUGUUUCGAUACGGAAUCUCGACUCCAUGACGAUUGCCAGACUGGUCAGGGUCCCCGGCAUCGUCAUUGGCGCCUCUGUCAUGUCAUCGAAAGCCACCGAGCUCCACAUCCAGUGCCGCAACUGUAUGCACAACGCCGUAGUCCCCAUCCUUGGUGGCUUCACUGGCGCCACUCUGCCUCGCCAAUGUGGCCGCCAAAGGGCCGCUGGAGACCCGGCCGAGAAGUGUCCUCUGGACCCCUACUUUGUCGUCCACGAGAAGUCGGUAUUCGUCGACCAGCAGGUCAUCAAGCUUCAGGAGGCUCCCGACCAGGUGCCUGUGGGUGAGCUGCCGCGCCACGUGCUCAUCUCUGCCGACCGCUACCUCACCAACAGAGUCGUCCCCGGCUCCAGGUGUACCGUCAUGGGCAUCUUCUCCAUCUAUCAGAGCAAGGGCUCCAAGAGCUCCGGCGGAGGUGCCGUCGCUAUUCGUACCCCUUACCUCCGGGCUGUCGGUCUUCAGACCGAUGUCGACUCGACCGCCAAGGGCUUGUCCAUCUUCUCCGAAGAGGAAGAGCAAGAAUUCUUGGAGCUGAGCCGGCGCCCUGACCUUUACAACGUCAUGACCGACUCCAUCGCUCCUUCCAUCUACGGAAACCGAGACAUCAAGAAGGCCAUCCUAUGUCUGCUCCUCGGCGGGUCCAAGAAGAUCUUACCCGAUGGCAUGAAGCUGAGAGGAGACAUCAACGUCCUUCUUCUCGGUGACCCCGGAACGGCCAAGUCUCAGCUCCUCAAGUUCGUCGAGAAGGCUGCUCCCAUCUCCAUCUACACAUCCGGAAAGGGUUCGUCUGCCGCCGGUUUGACUGCGUCAGUGCAGCGAGACCACUCGACUCGCGAGUUCUAUCUCGAAGGCGGUGCCAUGGUUCUCGCCGACGGUGGAGUCGUCUGUAUCGAUGAGUUUGACAAGAUGCGUGAUGAGGAUCGUGUCGCCAUCCACGAAGCUAUGGAGCAGCAGACCAUUUCCAUUGCCAAGGCCGGCAUCACUACCAUCCUCAACGCCCGUACAUCCGUACUGGCCGCCGCCAACCCCAUCUUUGGUCGGUACGACGAUCUGAAGUCGCCUGGAGAGAACAUCGAUUUCCAGACCACCAUCUUGUCACGUUUUGACAUGAUCUUUAUCGUCAGGGACGAACACACGCGAGAGAAGGACGAGCGGAUCGCAAAGCACGUCAUGGGGAUCCAUAUGGGUGGUCGCGGUCUGGAGGAACCCGUCGAGGGCGAGAUUCCAGCCGACAAGAUGAAGCGCUAUCUCUCAUACUGCAAGUCUCGAUGCGCACCUCGCCUUUCUCCCGAGGCAGCAGAGAAGCUCUCGUCCCACUUCGUAUCCAUCCGGAAGCAGGUACAUGCCUCCGAGCUUGAGGCAAACACACGGUCUAGCAUCCCCAUCACUGUCCGUCAGCUCGAGGCCAUCGUCCGUAUCACCGAAUCUCUCGCCAAGCUCACGCUCUCGCCUGUUGCCACGGAACAACACGUUGACGAGGCCAUCCGGCUCUUCCUAUGCUCUACCAUGGAUGCUGUGAACCAGGGCAGCAACCAGGGCAGCCGCGAGUUGAACGAGGAGGUCAACCGCCUCGAGGCCGAGCUCAAGAGGCGCUUGCCAAUCGGCUGGAGCACGAGUCUUGCGACCCUGAGGAGGGAGAUGGUCGAAGGCAAGGGCUUCAGCGAGCAGGCUCUGAACAGGGCACUCAUGAUCCUGCAGAGGAGAGAUACCAUCAUGUUCAGGAAUCAAGGCGCGCAGGUCUACCGCAACGGUGCCUAA